AUGGGGAACAGGCAGGAGCAUGCGGUGUUCCAAGCGCUGCUGCGCUUCUCCCAGUGGCGGCACCAGGAGCUCAGCCGCAUUAUGGACGCCGCCGUGGAGCCCAACCUCGUCUCGAGGACCAACGACGGUUGGAGUGACUUAAUCGAGCGCUACGAGGGCAUAAAUCAUGGUGAAUAUCUGAAACUGUUGGCGGAUAUCGCAAUGUUGAGGCAUGAACGUGACCACCUGGAGGCCAGCGUGAGGAGGCAGACAGGAGAAGACCUGCCGUCCGGCGCAAACGCGGUAGAGCUCCGCGGUCUGGAGUACAAGCUAGAGUGCGCGCUGGGUAAAGUCCGUGAAAUGAAGGAUAAACUGAUGGAGGAGCAGCUGGACGAAUCACACCACAGGGUGCACAUCCUGGAGGAGCAGAACAGCUUCCUUGGCCACAUGAUUUUGAAGGUAUUGAAGCACAACCUUUGUACCCAACCUGCAAAAUGCUAG